AACGAGGCAAGGCAAGUUGUGACAAAGGCCCAAUCAUUUCGAUCUCUUUUGUUUUUUUUUCCUGUUCUCUGGGUGUUACCGGCGGCAACACCGAUCAGGGAUGGAAAAAGGCAAGGUUUUGGGAGGGGGUGUGCGUUUGUGGAGAGCACAAAGAGAGAAAAAUGCAAAGGAAGGUCAAAGAAAGAGAGACUCGAGGUUUUGUUUUGGGUGGUUGGGGAUUGGAAAACCCUAAUUAUUGUUUAUCAGUUGGCUUUAACCUCAGAAAAGGGUAAAUGGGUAUGUGAGUGUUUGAUUGCUGAUGAGUGUAUUUGAUGUUUCUUUCAGAUCCGACCUAUGGUGAUGAGCCUUCAUAUACCUUUUAGAGUGAGGAUUAGUUCAUUGGGUGAUUAUUAUUUGUCUUUUUUCGCGAUGAAAAGCAACGAAAAUUCAAAGGAGGAACAUGGAAGAGACUGACAGAAGAGAGUGAGCACACGCUGCAAGCAAUUGUAUGAGGGCAUACCUUUGCGAGUGCGUGCUCACUUCUCUUCUGUCAGCUUCCCAUUCAGGCCGUGCCUUCCUCUUCAUCUUCUUCUUAGUCUUCCCUUCAUUCUUCUUUGUUAGCCUCUAGCUUCUCUUCCUCUGGGCGUUUCUCUUUCACCUCAUAAGUCUCUUUGCAGCAGCUGCCUUUUCUUAUCAUGUUUAUCUGGAUGUUUUUCAUUCAUUCUAGUUCAGAACUCAGAAGCCAUUCCCUCCAAGCUGUUCAAGAAAAAAGGAAAAGAAAGGUACAAAAGGCAAAAGAAAAGCCGCACCCAGAAAUGACACAUCACGCUGUAUAUUCCUACUUAUCUAUUCGCUCUCUCUCUCUCUCUCUCUCUCUGAUGUAUUACUCGAUCCAUUUAAUACCCUUCUGUAUGCGAAGUUUUUCAGAAGUAUGCACUCCACCAUAUUUAUUUUUGCCAUUGCUUUCUAGUUUCUACCGCUACCGCUACAGAUUUGUUGUCAUUUUUUUUGUACUCAUUCCUUUCAAUAACAUCAAAUAUUUUAUUAUUAUUAGUAUUAUAAUUAUUAUUAUUGUUAUUAUUAUUAUUAUUAUUUGUGUUGUUAAUACUGAUUGAGCUUCAAGAGCGUGACUUUUGAUGGUACUCUUUGGUAGCGAGGACGACGGAAGUGGGAUCCGAAGGUACGCCAGGCUACUGUUCUUGCUUUAACGGAAACUCAUAUUGUAAAUCACAACAUAUUAAUGCUUCACGUUAUUAGCGUUUCUUCUUCUUCUUCUUCUUCUUCUUCUUCUCGUCUCAGCUGUGGUCGAUCAUGCAAGGCAAGGCACAUGUUUGGAUGCGUUCAUGUUGACCUAUCUUUUCGCCUUGGUCUAAAGAAUCUCGUACCUUUUUCCUUGUUGAUUCGUAGAGGAGGUGUCUUUUGGAAGUGGGUCUGAGCAGACGCUGCUAAAUAUGGCAAGAAAUAUUUGUUUACGCUUCGGGGCAGAUAUGCACCUUCCUAGGACCAGUAUGAGUAAAGCCUUUGAAGAGGGGAUUUUCCUUAUUCGGCUCUUAUUAUUAAUAUUGCUUGGGGUUCGGGGACAAACUGCGGCUUCCGUCUGUAGGAGUCUAAUCACUCUGAAAAGUAAUGGAUGAGGACAUGUUAAGCCUGAUAUCAAAUGGCAGAGUGAAUGCAACUACAGAAGAUCAGUCUGAUUCAAGCAGCGCGACUUAUGCACUUCCUGCAAGAAAGUGUGCAAGACGUGGUAGCAUUGUCUUUACAAAGUUCAAAGGUGUUGUGCCACAGCAAAAUGGGCACUGGGGCGCCCAAAUAUAUGCUAAUCACCAAAGGAUUUGGCUGGGGACUUUCAAGUCCGAAAAGGAAGCAGCCAUGGCUUAUGAUAGUGCAGCUAUCAAGCUUCGGAGUUUGGAUUCCCAUAAAAAUUUUCCAUGGACUGACAUCACAGUUGAAGAGCCAAACUUUCAAAAUCUAUACAGUACUGAAGCAGUCCUCAACAUGAUAAAGGAUGGUUCCUAUCGAUCCAAAUUUGAAGAGUUUCUAAGAACACGUUCACAUGCGGAAACACACGAUGGUUUGAACUUGGCUAGUCUGCAAAGCAGCGGGGGACUAAUGUGUAAGCAACUUUUCCAAAAGGAACUUACACCAAGUGAUGUGAGUAAGUUAAACAGACUUGUCAUCCCAAGGAAAUAUGCCAUCAAGUACUUCCCACGUAAUUCUGAAACUGCUGAAGAUAAUAAUAAUGCAGAGGGGGGCACCAUGGAAGAUGUGCUGCUGACUUUCUAUGACACGUUGAUGAGGCCAUGGAAGUUUCGCUACUGCUAUUGGAAAAGCAGCCAGAGUUUUGUAUUUACAAGGGGUUGGAAUAGGUUUGUGAAGGAAAACCAUCUAAAGUCCAAGGACACCAUUACUUUCUAUUCGUGCGAUUGCAAAGAAGCAGCAAAAGACAAUCACUCAUUCUACAUGAUUGAUUUUAGCCGGGUGGAAAACGGUACUGGCCCCUUGGUUGAGCAGUCUAGCCUGCAGUAUGUUGGGAUGCAAUUGGAACCAACAGUACUUGAAGUAAACCGUGAAAUUGACCAUUAUGUUAAGGAGAAGAAACUUGAUGAGGUAAAGGAACUGAAGCGACCCAAGCUAACACAUGACAAAAAGACAGGCUUUAGGUUAUUUGGUGUGCUUAUUAUCUGAACCUGAAUAUGGAUUUUGUAGGUUUAAUUUUCCUCUUUUUCUGUGGGAAUUAGGUUAUCAUGACAGAUUUCUAACUAUAUCCCAUGAUAUCUCAAAACGUUUUGCUUGAGGUUUUUUUCUGUGGGAAGAUUAGGCUUUAGGGUUAAAAAACUAUUGUUGAGGAGGAUGUCCGAACAGUACAUCCAAAUAAAUAUUUUUGGGCGUUUUCAAUG